GCUCCUGUUAAAACAAAGGACAAAGCUGUUGCACAAGGCCAGGUUUCAUAAGUAUUGUUUCACCAAAAGGCAACUAAGAGAGUGGGUUGGCAACAAACUGUGAAUAAAUCAGCUAUUUACAGGAAAGCAGCAGGAUCGAAACAAAAAUGCUGAGAUUUAUUAUCUGACAGCUGAAGACGCCCUGCCUGGCUACCUGCUUCGUGGUCCGUCUGCAACGAGUUUGAAACAGCGGCUUGUGUGUACGGUAGGCGAAACAUGUGAGAGGGGCGCCUGAAAGACUUCAAGUCCCAGACAUCUCCACAUUAGUCCAAGUGGAACCCGGGCUUGAAUAACAUGGCAGCGCCGACAGGCAACACAUGCGAGGUCAUGGAGCGGUCUAUCCGCGAACGGGUCCCCCCGCUGCUCACAGACCUGUACCAGUUCACCAUGGCUUAUGCCUACUGGCGGGCUGGCAGGCACCAGGAGCCCGCUGUCUUUGAGUUAUUCUUCAGGGACAACCCGUUUGGCGGAGGCUUCUCGCUCUUCUCCGGGCUGCACGACUGCCUCCUGUUUCUGCGCAGCUUUCGAUUCACUGAUGAAGAUGUGGAGUACUUGCGCUCAGUCCUGCCUCCAGACAGUGACCCUACAUUCUUCCAGUUCCUGCGAGGACUGGACUGCUCUGGUGUCACAGUUAACUCCGUCCCAGAGGGGACUGUGGUGUUUGCCAGGGUACCUUUGAUGGAAGUGGCAGGUCCCUUGGCUGUAGUUCAACUACUGGAGACCAGUUUACUGUGUCUUGUCAACUAUGCCAGUCUGGUGUGCAGUAAUGCAGCCCGCUUCCGUCUGGCAGCUGGCCCCAGGAGGAAGCUGCUGGAGAUGGGCCUCAGAAGGGCUCAGGGACCAGAUGGUGGGCUCACCGCCUCACGCUACACACACAUCGGAGGGUUUGAUCUCACCAGUAAUGUUCAGGCUGGUUUCCUGUUUGGGAUCCCUGUGGCAGGUACCAUGGCACACUCCUAUGUCACAUCCUUUUCCUCUCUGGAGGAGGUUUGGCCACAAACUCUGGUGGCAGCAAAUGGAAACCGGGACCAAGUUGAUCUCAUCUCACUGACCAAAGGUUGGUUGGGCCGAGUGUGUGACCUGCUGGGAGCAGAGCCUGGGAAGAUCCGUGAAGGAGAGCUGGCAGCCUUCCUGUCCUACGCCAUUGCCUACCCUCACAACUUCCUACCUGUGAUUGACAGCUACAGUGUCAGCUGUAGUGGUCUACCUAACUUCUGUGCUGUGGCCCUGGCUCUGUGCGAGCUAGGGUACAGGCCUCGGGGAGUUCGUCUGGACAGCGGGGACCUGUGCAGGCAGUCAGUCAACGUCCGGCGUGUCUUCAAACUCUGCAGCGAGCAUUUCUCCAUCUCUGCCUUUCAUUCGCUGAUCAUUGUUGGCACUAAUAACAUCUCAGAGCAAAGCAUGGCUGAGUUCAACAAGAGGGAGAAUGAGAUUGACACGGUUGGCGUAGGAACACAUCUGGUCACUUGCACAAGCCAGCCCUCGUUGGGUUGUGUGUAUAAGCUGGUGGAGGUGAGGGGUCGGCCGAGGAUGAAGUUCAGCGAGGACCCAGAGAAGACCACUGUCCCUGGGAGGAAAGCUGUAUACCGGCUAUUAGACACUGAAGGCCAUCCUUUCCUCGACCUGUUGUGUCUGGCAGUGGAGCCUCCCCCGAAAGCAGGGCUCCCGCUGAACUGUUACCCUCUUGGGUGGGAUAACGCCUCUCACUCAGUCACUCCAGCUCAGGUCAUCUGUUUGCGCCAGGACGUUUUCACCAAAGGACAGGUCACACACCCUCUGUGCAGUGCAGCUGAAACUAGAGCAAAGGUCCAGAGCUCUCUCCAGACUCUGCACCCUCGACAUAAGAGACUGCAGGAGCCGGACUCUUACACAGUGGCAUUGUCAGAGAAACUCCACAACCUGAUCACAGACAUCCGGAAAGGCAGCUGCAGCAACAGCAACUUUCUAUUAGCUAACUGAA